UGCGCGUCAAAAUUACAGCACUCAAACUUCAGUACAUACUUACUUGCUGCGGUUAUAAAGAUUUAUUAUUCCUACGCUACCAGUUUAUUACGACCCACGCAAUUAUAUAAUCAUUACGAGUCGUUGGCCUCUUAGAAAUUUGUCGCGCGAGGAUCGAGCGAAGUGCAGUGCUGUGCUCCCACAGUCCCACCGGAACUGAAUGGGGACGACUGCAGGACGCACUGGGCCAACACGAGCCUUACUUGUUCUCGAAAUUGGAACACACAUCGAAGUAUCUACUGAAGCUGUGCGACUGCCUCUCGCGACUUGGCGUGACUGGUGAAUAGCGAUUGUACUUGUGGGGAUGCACUUGGCGUUGUUGGCCGCCUGUGUAGUUGGGUGAACGGUGCCAGCCGGAGGACUCACUUGAUUAUCGAUUGGAUUUCUGGCGUUUCGCUGGUUGUACAGAAUCAGAUAGCCGCCUGGCGUUAGUGACAGCUUUCCCGUCUAUCCCUGUUAUUUGUGUAAUUGUGUGGGAAAUCAGUGCACCGCCUUUCGGCAGACCCUCUCCAGCCGCUUCCCCGUCUUAUCCUGAUAGGAACGGCGGCGGAAAUCGUCCUUGUUUAUCUGAGUAGAAAAGCGAUCCUGGGUCGGUGUGAGGACCUUGUGGAAUCGAAAGCGGAGUCUUCCGUUGGCUCUUGGAGGCGCCUGUGGGAUAGCGGUGACAUCCGGGUGUUUGCUGUGGCGGGAGAUGAUGACGCACCUGGACCACGAGCGCUCCAAGCAGGAGCGCAUCAAGUGCGUCGUGGUGGGCGACUCGGGCGUCGGCAAGACGCGGCUCAUCUGCGCGCGCGCCCGCAACGCCAAGUUCAGUCUCAAGGAGCUCUGCUCGCCCCACGUCCCCACCGUCUGGGCCAUCGACCAGUACCACCAGCACCAGGAGGUGCUGGAGAACUCGUGGGAAGUCGUGGAUGACGUCAACGUCACUCUGCGCCUGUGGGACACCUUCGGCUGCCACGACAAGGAUCGCAAGUUCGCAUUCGGGCGCAGCGACGUGGUGGCGCUGUGCUUCUCGGUGGCCAACCCGGCCUCGCUGCGGCACUGCGUGGACAAAUGGUGGCCGGAAAUCCGGCGCUUCUGCCCCAAAAUACCCAUUGUACUAAUCGGAUGCCGCAACGAUCUGCGCCAUUUAUAUAAAGAUCCGGCCUACGCCAAGGUGGUUCGCGACGAGCGCAAGCGCGUGAAGGAAGCCGACAUCCUGCUGCCGGAGAAGGGCCGCGCCGUGACGGCCCAGAUCGGCGCCGUGGCCUACUACGAGACCAGCGUCCUCUCGGGAUUCGGCGUGCGCUCCGUCUUCACCAACUGCGUCAGAGCGGCGCUCGUGCACCGCCGGCAGACGCGCUUCUGGGCCUCCCACCUCAAACACGUGCGCAACGCUGAGUUCCAGUCGCCCUACCUGAUCCCGGCGCCGCCCUCGCCGGAGCAGGCCACCACCAAGUCGACGCUGGUGGACGAUCUGGCGCGGCUGCUGGUGGCUCCGUGCGCCACGGCGCCGACGGCCAGCGCCACGGAGGACGCGGUCUUCGCCGACGUGGAGAUGCUGUGCGGCGACGGCGUCUCGGUGUGGGCGCACCGGGUGCUGCUGGCGGCCGCGUCCGCGGAGCUGUACAAACUGCUGACCAGCGCCGUCUCCGAGGGCGGCCUCUCCGCGGCGGCCGUGGCGCACAGCGGACACACCUGCUUCCACGAGGUGCUCUGCGCCGCCGAGGAGCCCAGCGGACGCAGCGUCCUGCGCGUGGUGCUGCGCGGCGAGUUCAUCGGGCGGUGUCUGGAGCAGCUGCUGCACUUGUACCUGGGCGUGCUGGACAUGACGCCGGAGACGGUGCAGCCGCUGCAGAUGCUCAGCCAGGACUGGGGACUGAAGAACCUCACCAAGAUGAUCGCCAACCGCCUCAGCGGCGAGGGAGAGGGCAACGCGGCCCUAGGCUUGGAAUUCCUCGCCGAGCGCGACGCCAAGCUGGUGGCCUUCGUCACGGAGCCCAGCAGCGACCCCGGGGCGGCCGGCAAGGGACAGAGCGGCAGCCAGUACGGGCCGGGGGUGCUGGCCGACGUGGAGUUCGUCCUGGACGACGGCAGCGUCCUCCCGGCCUCGCGGGCGCUGGUCACGCAGCGCUCCUCCUUCAUGGCGGCCAUGCUGUGCGGCACCUUCCAGGAGCGCUGGAAGCGGCAGGUCCCGAUGCCGGAUCUGGAGCGGGACACGUUGGCGCACUGCCUGCACUUUUUAUACGUCGACAAGUGUCCGCGUCCGCGGGACAUGUACGAGGCCAUGGAUGUGCUGGCCGCCGCGGACCGGCUGUGUCUGCCGCGGCUGAUGGAGCUCAUCCAGGAGCACAUCAUCGGCACCUACCUCAUGCUGGGCAGCAGCCCGCACAGCGGCGGCGCCGGCGCCGAGGCGGAACUGCAGACGCCGGCGUUCACCGAGUGUUUAAUGGCGCAGCGCAGUCUGGAGCUGCUGGAGCCGGCCGAGGCCUUCCACGGGCACUAUCUGCACACCUGGUGCCUGAAUUUCAUCGCCACGCACUACGUGUUCAUCUACCGGCACCAUCUGGCGCAGCUGCGCAGUCUGUCGCCGCACCACCAGGCCAUGUUGGCGCAGCAGCGCUGGCCGCCGGUCUGGUACAUCUCCGAGUACGAUCUCUACGAACAGAGUCUGGAGCGGCGGCGGCAGGAGAUGCUGAGCAAGUUGCGGCGCAAACGCCGCAGCCGCUUCUCGCUAGCGGUGCGCCGACAGGCGGCCAAGGGCGACGCGGCCAGUGUGGACCAGCCGGAGGCGGGACGGGCCAACAGCGAGCCGCCGCUGCGGCGCCGCGUCUCCCACCGCUGGCGUCUGCUGCUCUGCAGCCACUAGCGCCGACACGUUCCAUCAGCGGGCGGGACGCGACGAGAUGACCCUUUGGGAAAAGCCAUGACUCCAAGCUGAUCUUGAUUACUCGGUGAUGUCCCUGUGAUUGCUGCUGUCUGUGUCGGCACUGGCAGCGCAGUGAUAGUGCUGAGAAAGGGAGCAGACUGGGCUCCGGCGCAGACAUUGUUACUGGUCUCUGGCUCUCUACUCUCUCUUGUUGAGAUUUGCUUCUGGAUCUGAUCACGUUGACCGGUGUUAGUGGCAAACGCGGAUAUAGUCACUGACCAGUUGAUCUGUGCAACGUGUAUAUAGUAUUAUAGCAAAGUUUGUAAAGACGUGUAGAUUAUGUAUCUGUUACAGCGUUUACGCACAAGAUGCUGUAUUAUGGCCUGUAUUUACGUAAUUUUCACGGAGAAUUCUGCCUCGCCACCAGGCGACAACCGAA